AUGGCUCGUGCCAUGGUCCUGAUAUGGGCCUAUUCUGUGCUUUUGGCCAUGGUCUAUCUCGUCGAUGGCAUAGGUGUGAACUGGGGCACUCAGGCAACACAAAAUCUGCACCCAAGUGUGGUGGCUCAAAUGCUUAAGGACAAUAAGAUCAGUAAGGUUAAACUGUUUGAUUCGGAUAACUGGACUGUCAAAUACUUUGCUGGAACUGGCAUUGAAGUCAUGCUUGGUAUCCCCAAUAGCCAAUUGAAUCGAUUCAGCGACAAUUAUGACAAUGCCAAGGACUGGGUGAAGGAGAAUGUCACCAAACAUUUGUAUGAUGGUGGUGUCAAUAUAAAGUACGUGGCUGUUGGCAAUGAGCCAUUCUUGAAAUCUUACAAUGGCUCACAUCUGAAAACUACCUUCCCAGCAUUAAAAAACAUUCAGAAAGCUCUUGAUGCAGCCGGUGUUGGAGACAAAAUCAAAGCAACCAUCCCCCAAAAUGCCGAUGUCUACGACUCUGGUUCACAAGGCCCAUCUGCCGGUGAUUUUCGAUCUGACAUAAGGGCCCUUAUGAUCGAUAUAGUUCGAUUUAUCAAAGACAACAGUGCCCCAUUCGUCGUCAACAUAUACCCCUUUCUCAGCCUGUACGAUAAUCCUGAUUUUCCUGUGGAGUUUGCUUUCUUUGACGGUGGUGCAAAACCUAUCAAUGACAAAGGUACUCAAUACAACAACAUGUUUGAUGCAAAUCUUGAUACAUUAAUUUGGUCAAUCAAGAAGGCCGGUGCACCAAACGUGAAGAUCAUCGUUGGGGAGAUCGGAUGGCCAACGGAUGGAAAUAUAAAUGCCAAUGCCAAAAUGGCUAAGAGGUUCUAUGAUGGAUUCUUCAGGAAAAUGGCUACAAACAAAGGAACCCCACUUCGCCCGGGGCCUAUUGAAGUAUAUCUGUUUAGUCUAACAGAUGAGAACCAGAAAAGUAUUGCCCCGGGCGACUUUGAGCGCCAUUGGGGAAUUUUCCGGUAUGAUGGACAACCUAAGUUCCCAACGGACUUCACCGGGAAAGGUCAGGACAAAAUGCCAGUUGGAGCAAAGAAUGUACAAUACCUACCACAGCAGUGGUGCGUGUUAAACAGUGACAUCAAGAACAUGAACCUGGUGCCUGAAAAUGUUAACUACGCCUGCUCAUUGUCCGAUUGCACAAGCUUGACAUACGGAUCAACGUGCAAUAAACUGGAUGGUCAUGGGAAUGUCUCGUACGCAUUCAAUAUGUAUUUCCAGAUGAACAAUCAGGACGUCGAGGCAUGCAAUUUUCAGGGUCUGGCCAAGAUUGUGACUCGAAAUGCCUCACAAGGGGACUGCCUCUUCCCUAUACAGAUUGUAAGUGCUGGAAGGAGACUUACCAUGGUAACUGGAGUGAGUGUUCUUGCAGGAUUGUUGACCUUAUUAGCAUUGUUUUAG